AUGAGCAACAAAGUAGUCUCCCAGGUGUACAGGACCAUCAUCGACGAUGUGAUCAACAAUGUGCGGCAAGACUUUGAAGAGAUGGGCAUCGAGAAGGAGGUUCUCGAGGAGCUGCAGCGGUCGUGGGAGGCCAAGAUCGUGGCCACACAAGUCGCCGAGUUCGAGGGGGCGCCUGCGCUUCCACCGGCAAAGUCUCGCUCGUCCAAGAAGCCCGAUCCGAAGUCCGAUGUCAAGUCGGAAGACAGCAAGCCUGCGAAUGGGGAUGCGCACCGGUCCAAGGCGGCCCGGGCUGACGGCGCCUCCGACGUGGCCGGCGCCUCGAGCACCCAAGGCAGCUCCACCGACGCCACCAAGAAGGAGGAGGAGGACGACGACACGGCGGCGGGCCAAAAACGAAAACGCAUCAGCGACGACGACGAGAUCGGCUCGGACCUCGACGAUUCGGACGACGAAGACCUCGACGGCGGCGCCGACGGCGACAACGACGACAUGGUGCUCUGCCUCUACGACAAGGUGCAGCGCGUCAAGAACAAGUGGAAGUGCGUGCUCAAGGACGGUGUUGCGUCGAUCGAUGGCAGGGACUACCUCUUUGCCAAGUGCAACGGCGAGUUCGAGUGGUAA